AGGUCAGCUGGUGACCUCUGACAAGUAGGGGUACCUACCUACGUAACCGUGUCCGUAAGUACCUACCCAGAGUGUUGGCCCCCCAGGCCCCCCGUCGGAUUCUCACGCCCCUUUUCCCUUAUCGGGGAGGGGGAGGGGUAGGAAGACCACGUGCGAUCCCAUUGGGGCGGGGCGGAAGGACCGGCUCGGCUGACGACGGCCAGCACUGGCUGCUGAUUGGCUGUCGUUGAUCGACCCUCACGCGGCCGUCAGCUGAUGGUCGUCGGCCGGCACCGGCGGCUAUUCUUACAUCAGCAGCCGGUGGUCGGGGACGGGUGCCGUCGGCUGACGGGCAGGGUGGCAGGGCAGUGCGCGCGCCGCGUGCCGUCCAGCUCCCUGUCACCAGAGGGCACACCGGUGUUACGUUAUGCAAUCAGCUGCCCGAUCGGAGCGCUGGAGUGACCGCCCGCUCAGCUGACGACUGGUACACAGGUCGCCGACCGGUCUGCUGACUGCUGGGGGUGCCAGUGAGGAGUGAGCAGCGGUGAGCAGCAGUGAGCGGACGGUGAGCAGCGGUGAGCAGCGGUGAGCGGACGGCUAUCAGCGCGCCAUGGCCAGUCUGCACCACGUGGAGCUGUGCACGGCCAACGCCGGCCGGCUGCUGCGGCUAUUCACCGGCGGGUACGGGUUCCAGCGGCUGGGCGGUCGCGACACACCGCGCUGUCUCCAGUGGGUGGUGCGCAGCGGACGGGCCACCUUCGUCCUGACGCAGAGACACGCCCAGGAGCGGCCAGGCGCCGUCCACGACUCCCGAUUCACAGCCGGCGAGCCGUGGACCCAGUUCUGCUAUCCCAGCGGCCGACACCAGCGCGACUCCGUCUUUAACGUGGCGCUUCUCGUGCGCGACGUGGCUGCCACGGUGUCGCGCGCGGCACGUGCCGGCGGUCACGUGCUGCAGCGUCCCGUACACGUGGCGGACGCGGACGGUGCCGCUGAGUAUGCCGUGGUACGCUCUGUGUGUGGGAACGUGGUACACACCCUGAUCAACGCUGACCGGUACUCGGGGCCGUUCCUGCCUGGAUUCUUGGAUUCGAACGGAGUCUCUGACGCCGCACGGACACCGGACGAGGAAUGUGAAGUGCCCGAUAUACGUGGACAGGAGAGUGAGUACGUGGACCACGUGACGCUCACGUGCCGCCGCGGCGAGAGUACCGGACUGCUGGACUGGUAUCAGCACGUGUUCGGGAUGCGGCGCUUCCAGCUCAACAGCCAGGAUAGCCCCACUGACGGCGUCGUGAUGGGCGGCGAGGUCGGCAUGGCUCUGAAAGCCAUGGAGUACUGGCGCUGCGCAGAGACGGGACUCCAGGCACCACCCACCGACCCCAACCAGCCCACCCUCAAAUUCGUCGUCGCCGAGAGUUUACAUGACGACUCGCACGUGGAGACGUUUAACCGGCAGCACGGCAGCCCGGGGGUGCAGCACAUCGGUCUGCACACAGACGAUAUCGUGUCCAGGGUGGCCGGUAUGGCCAGCAGAGGGGUCAACUUCCGACGACCGCCGCCCGCCUACUACACUCAGACGGGGAAGGGUGCCGAGAUCGCGGCGGCCGGUAUCGCCGGGGAGGAGCUGAGUCGGUUCCGACAGCUCGGGCUGCUGCUCGACUCGGAGGCCGACAGCGACACAGACACCGGAGACAGGUACCUGAUGCAGAUCUUCAGCGAGCCGCUCUUUGAGGAGGACACCUUCUUCAUGGAGGUGUUGGAGCGGCGGGGCGCGCGCGGCUUCGGCCAGGGCAACAUCACCGCUCUGGCCCGUUCCAUCAUCGAGGACCAGCGCCAAAGACAAGAGAGUGCAGGAGGGGAGCCGGGGAAGGAGGACUGCGGACGGCGGGCAGAGACCGGCUGACCAACCCCGCGCCCUGCCCAGCGACGGUGGGGACAGAGCUAGUCUACUGACGUGACGCGGCAGGCAGCGCAGGACUUAGACCAGAGUUCGCGAGCGACACGGGUAGAGAUGCUACCGAGGCAGUAGCCGCUGGUGUCGGGCAGCCACAGACCAAAGAAGCGGCCAGCCGAAGCCAGGCACGCCAGUCGCCAACUGAGCAGUGCCGUGUGUGAUAAGGUCUGUAAUCCGUUCCCCAGCCCGCGGCCCCUGCACCCAAAGCUGUAACAACAACUGUAUUUGGUCUGUGGCCUCAUGUGGGGCAGAGCCGACACUAAGUGUAGCUCCAAAGAACAGCCAGGGGGCCGGCGUCGCUCGCUUCCCCAACCCCGCUUACUUUCACGCGCAUCAGAUCAUCAGACCUGCCAGUGAUGCUUCUCCAUGGGAGUCCCACAUCAUCCCUGUGUUAUAGACGUGUGUCGGGCGUAGUCAGUUCAAGUGAAGUUGCAAAAGGCAACUCGGAAACUACUGAGUACUGAGUUACGUUUGUUACGAAUGUAUUGUGAUGAGCUUUGCACGCCGGUAUGUUGAGGCAAGGCAGCCAAAGGGCGGUCGACAGUCCUAGCUGUGUGUUUGACACAUAAAUAUGGUUUUGAUAUGG